AUGCAUCAUCAAAAUCUAGAAGCCACUAUUUGCGAGAUACGUCGCUGUUACAGGGUACCACGCCUCAGAAGUUUGCUGCGCAGUGUAGUCGCCAAAUGCGCCGUAUGCCGCCUAAAGAAAAUCCACGCCGUGCCACCAUUGAUGGGUCCGCCUCCGAUUGAUAGGCUAACUCCCCAUAUCAGGCCGUUCAGCUAUACGGGCCUUGAUUACUUUGGACCGAUAACAGUAACUGUUCGUCGCGCCAACGAAAAAAGAUGGGUGGCGUUAUUCACGUGCCUGACCGUCAGGGCUGUGCAUUUGGAGUUGGCCCAUGACCUCAGCACUGACUCAUGUAUAGUCGCAAUGCGGAACUUUAUAAAUCGUCGCGGCGUUCCCGUACGCAUCAGGUCCGAUAAUGGGAAGAACUUCGUCGGUGCUGACAUGGAAGCAAAGCGCUUCAGUGAAGUAUUCGAUUGCGAUCGCCUGCAGAGUGAGCUGUCGCAAAGGGGCGUAGAGUGGAUUUUUAACUCGCCUUUCAACCCGGCAGAGGGGGGCGCUUGGGAACGGUUGGUGCAGUGCGUCAAGAGGGUACUACGACACACGUUGAAGGAAAGGUCGCCACGGGAGCACACGCUCAACUGUUUCCUCAUCGAGGCGGAAAAUAUAGUGAAUUCUCGGCCGCUGACGCACUUGACCAUCGAUGCCAACCAGGAGCAGCCGCUGACUCCUAAUGACUUCCUUCUGGGUGAAGCCAACACACCGCAAACUCCGAUUGCCAACGAAGUUCUGGAGAAGACGUGCCUUCUGCGACAACAGUGGCGUCUUGCCCGACAACUAAGGGACCAUUUUUGGAAGCGAUGGAUAGCGGAGUACCUCCCCACAUUGACACGCCGGGUUAAGUGGUGCCAGAGAACAAAACCUCUGCAGAUAGAUGACCUCGUCUUCACAUGCGAUCCCAAUGUAUCUCGCCGGGACUGGUGCCGAAGUAAGGUGGAACGCUUGUAUACGGGAGCAGAUGGUGUGGUCAGACGAGUGGACGUACGCACUUCCGGUGGAUUGAAGCGACGCGCCGUCUCCAAAUUGGCUGUUCUGGACGUCGAAGGUAGUGAAUCGGGCUAA